UUAUUAUUAUUUUCAGAUUAAAUCUAGGUGUAUAAAGUAGAACAAGAAAUUGUGUAGAGGAAUUUACAAAAUCCAAAUCUACAAUGUUCUGCCCCACCUCCUUAGAUCAAUAUUUCUCUGAACACUUCAAUGCUUUAGACUCAAAUCAUAACAAGAAACAGAAUUUUAAACAAAGAUUGAGUUUAGAAACAAGAAGAAGAGAAUCUGAAGAUACAACCGAAAGAUAUCCGAGCAAAGUACCAUUGAUUGUUGAACGAUUUCGCAGAGAAAAAUAUAUCGGGGAAAUAGAUAAGGUUAAGUGGUUGGUGCCUGUAGAGAUGACUACAUUGCAGUUGUCUGUAGUUCUAAAGCAAAGGUUAAACCUUCCCCCCGGCAGAGAGUUUUUUCUUCUUGUAAACGGAAGAACUGUUCCUAGUCUAACGUCACCAAUGGUCUCCUUGCAUCAGAAGUUUGCGGAUGAAGAUGGAUUUCUUUAUUUUACCUACUCAUCCCAGGAGUGUUUUGGUUAACAUUCAACCCUGGAGUAUCAUCCUUGGAAGGAGCUUAAAACAUGAAUGUGAUGAAUUGGAUAGAACAGUGUCUAAUGACCCAACUCGAUGGCAAGAUAUCAAGAUAACGCCUGUUUAUUGGUUAAAUUGGCGCUUUCAAAUUUGUCAAAGAUAAUGCUUUGAUUUUGACCUUAAAAAGCGCCAAAUUAGACAAUAAAAAUGACCCAACAUGGCGCUAAAUUAUAUUCAUAAUAAAUAUUAGCACUGAUAAUAAUUUUAAAUGGCGAUCAAAAUAUGACAAUUAAUUUUAGAUUGUUUUUAAAGUUUUUCAAUAAUUCUGUCCAUGGUUUGGAUGAUUUCCUCGGUCCCAGAUUCUAGGUUACGCCAAGCACCACUGAUGAUAAAAAUGUUCAAAUAAGCUCGAGUGUAUUAUAUAUAUAUUUGCAUAUGAAUAUGAAAAUUUUACUCAAUAUUUUUUUACGAAUUCAAAUUGUUUUUAUGAAAGGCCUCUGUAAAACUAUGACAAAACCCUGUACGUUUAUCACCGUUCUAGAUUAUACAAUGAAACUCGUAAAACAGUGGAAUAGGAAGACGACUCACUUAUUAUUUUAAAUUGGCCUCUCAACACAACACAACACUUAUGCAGUGUACACAGAUCCACAUCACUUAAAUCCAUUUUCAAGCUACUGUUAAAACUGCUUUCUCCAUUUACAACAUUAAAUACACCGAUAACGGCUCUAAAGCUUUCUUCUUAUUCCUCAGUUUUCUGGGUCUCACUGUAGUGGAAUAACGUUGUGAUAUUUUUAUAUAUUUGUACAUAAACUUAUUUUUAUACAUAACAAUAUAUGUUAGAUAAUAGUCUGUAUCAUUUAAUAAAUGAAUUUAAAUUUUA